UCUAGUUCUAGUUCCUGUUAAAUUUGUUUCUUUUUUUUCUUCUUGAUGAAAACUGACCUAUAUAAUAUUACUAAUAUUUUAUUAUUAAAUGGGCCAAAAAUGUUUUCUCUUGUUAGGUCAAGGUUAGCUUUAGUGCAAUCAAAAUGGCCGAAUCGAACAGAAAAGGAGAAAGCGGGAAGGAAAACUCAGAUAGACCAUUUCAGUUGCCAGAGAUUGGUGAACAUUAUCUAGUUAAAAGGUCCGAUAAUUCAGUACAUGCUGCAGAAAUUAUUCAAAUUCGCCAAAAUGACUCAGGAUCUCAAGAAAUAUAUGUUCAUUACGAAGGGUUCGAUAGACGUUUAGACGAAUGGGUUGACAUCGAGAGACUCGAUCUAACAGCAAAGUUGGAGGAUCCUCAGAGUAAAGGAGGGGACUUGACACUAUCUCUAACAGAUUUUACAGAUGGUACUGAUCGCAAGAUUACUAGAAACCAAAAGCGAAAGCAUGAUGAAAUCAAUCAUGUACAAAAGACGUUUGCAGAAAUGGACCCUACAACUGCAGCACUGGAGAAGGAACAUGAAGCUAUCACUAAGGUGAAAUAUAUUGAUAAAAUUCAGUUUGGAAAAUAUGAGAUAGAUGCGUGGUAUUUUUCUCCAUAUCCAGAGGAAUACGGUAAACAGCCCAAGCUGUGGAUCUGUGAGUUCUGUCUGAAAUACAUGAAACUAGAAAAAUCCUUCAGGUAUCAUCAGUCACAGUGCACAUGGAGACAUCCUCCUGGAAAAGAAAUUUAUCGCAAGGGUACAAUUUCUGUAUUUGAAGUGGAUGGUAAAGACUGGAAAAUCUACUGUCAGAAUCUCUGUCUCCUGGCCAAACUAUUCCUCGACCACAAAACGCUGUACUUUGAUGUGGAACCUUUCAUGUUUUAUAUUCUCGUUGAAGUAGAUCGCUAUGGCUGCCAUCUGGUUGGCUAUUUUUCCAAAGAAAAAGAGUCCCCAGAUGGCAACAAUCUCGCUUGUAUUCUCACUUUGCCUCCGCACCAACGCAAAGGCUACGGAAAGUUUCUCAUUGCUCUCAGCUAUGAACUCUCCGUCAUAGAGGGCGUGGUGGGCUCACCAGAAAAGCCACUGUCAGAUCUGGGAAAGCUGAGCUAUCGCAGCUACUGGACGUCAGUUCUGUUGGAAAACAUUUAUAAGAUGGGGGUGAAAGUGAGCAUGAGGGACCUUGAGAAAAUGACCUCUAUCUCUUAUACUGAUGUCGUUAGCACACUUCAGUCAUUAAAUCUCAUCAAGUACUGGAAAGGCAACCACAUACUGUGCGUCACACCAAAACUUAUCGAGGAGCUCUAUCAGAAGAUAUGUAAAAAACCCAAUUUGACUGUUGAUCCCAGUUAUUUAAGGUGGGAAAAGCCUGCCAAUAAAAUAUCAGCAAAAGUGGCUAAAAGAUAGUAAAAAAAAAAAAAAUUAUAUAUAAAAAUAUGAUAUCUUUGUUUGGCAAAAAAAAUCCAAGAACAGUUGAAUCAAUACCUGAUUUAUUGAUAUUCAUUCAAACAUGACUUAAAAUGUUAGAAAUCAGUAAUAUAUUAAAGCCUAUUAAAAAACAGGUUGAAUUGGAGAAAUAUACCAUUUCUGAAUAGAUAUUACAUUUAUGCUGGUAUGCAAAUGCUUUUUUGUCCAUUAAAGACUAAUUUUUUAUAAAUAUUAUUGCUUCUAGUUUUGUAAAACUUGUUUUAAGAAAUCAGUUAUUUAAGCCUGCAUUUAAAAUUUUAUAAAACAAAUAUGCAAGAUUAAAACUGUAUAUCAUUUUCAAAGGUCUUCAAAUUUUGUUUUAAAAAAAAAAAAAUUCUUGUAAAUAAAUUUUUAAAAGUUUUUAAA